AUGGGCUGGGUGCACCAUGCCGCUCCGGAGGUCGAGGCCCAGUCCCAGUAUCGGGAGAUACUGGGUGUCUGUCUUAGCUUGACUGUUUUGAUGGUCAUUACUGUCUCUCUGCGGUUGGGUCUGCGGGCGCAUGCGCGUCGACUGGGCGCUGCGGAUUAUGUGAUGUUCAUGAGUAUGGCUUUGGUAGAGGCGAUCCCAUUAACCUGGUCCAGCUCUUCAGCGUCAUUUACAGCGCUCUUUGUAUCUCCCGUAAGUAUCUCAAUAAAAAAUAUCAGACCAGCGCUCACAUCCACAGAAAGCAGAUACGGGCUGGGACUGCCACUCAACCUGCGCCCGAAACAAAACCUACCAAUCUAUAAAAAGCUCAACUACGCCGGUCGACCCUUCUACCAAAUCGGCAUCGCCGGCUUCAAAGCCUCGCUCUGCCUCAGCUAUCUACGCCUCCUCACCAAAACCUCACUAUCCAUCUAUCGAAUCCUCAUCUGGACAGUUCUCACCAUCUCCACACUAGGCCACAUCGCCGGCGCACUGGCUUUAAUCUUCAAUUGUCGUCCUGUCCAACUCGCCUGGCGAACAGACAUAACAGGCACCUGUCUCCCCGUCGGAGGCACAUUCUACGGUCUCGCCAUCUUCACCAUCAUCUGCGACCUCAUGAUCAUCUUCUUACCGAUCCCGCUCUUGCUCCGCCUGAAGAUCAAACCCGCCCAGAAAGCGGGCGUCGUGUGUUUGUUCCUCCUAGGACUGUUCACGACCAUCUGUUCGAUCAUGCGAUUAACCCAGAUCCACCGCGUAGCUUAUGGGGACGGGAAUUCCACUGCGUUGGUGCUUUGGGGGACGAUUGAGUUUAAUGUGGGUAACAUCAUCACCUGCAUUCCCUACUUAGCACCGCUGUUAAAGGGGCUGGUUCGGGAUUUCCGAUCGAAUAGUAAAGCGUACGAGAGUCAGGGUCAUUAUGUUUUGGAAUCAUGGAAGGAUCCCCGAUCUCAGUUGCGAUCGACUGCAUCAGCACCGGUGCAUCCGAGACGAACACCUAGCGAAGAGUUAAUCAUGGAUAGUCUGGGGCCUAGCCAUGGGGGGAUCGAGAUGACGGUCGAGGUGCGGGUGUCAUUGGAGAGCCUUUAG